AUGACUCAAGACAGCAAGAGGCGCAAGCUGUCUAACGGCAGCUACGAAGCCACAAGUCCCAAAAUCACAGAAACAAACCAAGCCACCGAGGCAGCGCCCCCGGACCAGAGACGAUCUCUCUUCGUUCGCUCCCUGCCGGCGUCAGUGACGACUGAGCGGCUCGCUGAACACUUCUCUGACUCCCUCCCAAUCAAACAUGCGACCGUCGUUAUCGAUCCAGAGACGAAGAUCUCGCGAGGCUUUGGUUUCGUCACAUUAGCAGACGCCGAAGAUGCACAGGCCGCUGUGGCCCAGUUCAACAAUUCUGAGCUGGAUGGGAGGAGGAUAAAGGUCGAAUUAGCCGAAGCAAGACACAGAGACGGAGAUAUCGAAGGUAGGGGUACUAUCAACACGACUGCGCUCAAGCUCAAGGCUCAAAGGGAGAAGAGCAAGGAAGACUCGCAAGCACCCAGACUUAUUGUGCGAAACCUGCCGUGGAGCAUCAAGACGUCUGACGAGUUGGCCGCGCUAUUUCGGAGCUAUGGCAAGGUCAAGCACGCUGUCGUACCGAAAAAGAACCCAAAGGUCCAGUACGGCUUUGGCAUUGUUUUGUUACGAGGCAAAAAGAACGCCGAGAGAGCAAUUGCUGGGGUCAAUGGCAAAGAGAUCGAUGGCCGCACAUUAGCUGUGGACUGGGCGGUGGACAAGGAGACUUGGCAGGAAGUGCAGAAGACCGGUCAGGUCAAGCCACAACCGAAGGACACAAAGCAGCCUACAGACGAAGGCGAACGUGACAGUGCUGAUGGUGUUGGCCGUGAGGGCGAAGAACCGGAAUUGGACGGAGAUUUGCAAGUGGAUCAGAGUGCUGAGGAUAGCACUGACUUAGCACAAGGGUCCGACGAGGACUCACUCGAUGGUUUGGACGCUCAAGCCGACGACGAGGACCUCGGAUCUGAAGCUGAGAGUGCCCUUUCAGACGACGAGCCGGCCCAGAACAGGAACGACACCACCGUGUUUGUGAGAAACCUACCCUACAGCACUGAUGACGAUGCUCUGAAAGACCACUUCUCGACCUUCGGACCAGUACGGUAUGCUCGAGUUGUCUACGAUCAGGAUACCGAAAGGCCGCGGGGAACGGGCUUUGUCGCUUUCUUCAAUCUCGAGGAUGCCAAAACUUGUGUCAAGAACGCUCCAAGGCAUGGGGCUCCAACAGAGCAGGCGGCCAAGGACAAGAAGCGUCGCGGCGAAACCCUCAAGCAUUCGAUUUUGGAAAAUGAGGCAUCGGAUCCUUCUGGUCAAUAUACCCUUGAAGGUCGAGUCCUCCAGGUCACCCGUGCAUUGAGCAGAGAAGACGCAGAACGACGUGCCACCGAAGCGAGCGACAAACGAGACAUCCGCGACCGUGACAAGCGCCGGCUCUACUUGCUCUCCGAGGGCUCCAUCACGAACGGAUCCAAGCUCUCCGAGCAGCUAGGCAAGGCGGAGAUUGAUAUUCGAGAGGCCAGUGCUCGCCAGCGUCAAAAGCUGAUCAAGAGCAGCCCCAACCUCUGUUUGAGCUUGACUCGACUGAGUGUCAGAAACUUGCCCCGCGGCAUUGGCAGCAAGGAGCUGAAGGCCCUGGCCAGAGAAGCCGUGGUUGGAUUCGCCCAGGAUGUCAAAGAGGGCCUACGGCAACCCCUGAACAAGGAAGAAUUGCGCCGCGGUGGUAGCGAAAUGCAAGAGGCCGAGCGCAAACGCAAGCAAUCCGGCAAAGGCAUCGUCAAACAGGCCAAAGUCGUGUUCGAGGAUAAAGAGGGCGGGAAAGUGAAGGAGGGUGCGGGUCGAAGCAGAGGUUACGGCUUCAUUGAGUAUGUCAGCCACCGAAAUGCUCUUGCUGGGUUGCGUUGGCUCAAUGGACAUAUGGUGAAAGCGAAGAAUGCCGGCGAAGAAAGAGGGAAACGACUCAUUGUUGAGUUUGCGAUUGAGAAUGCUCAAGUGAUACAGCGCCGAGCUGAGAGAGAGCGCAAGGCAAAAGAAGAAGGCGGCAAGAGAAUGAAAUCGAGCGAGAGGUCCCAUAACGAAGGCGGCGGGAAGGGAAGCAACAAACGGAAACGCAGCGACAAGGACGUCGAAGAGUCAGGUCCUCAAGCCGCUAAAGCCUUGGAUCCUGAGGAGAAGAACCGCGUGGCGAAGCGGAACAGGAUCAUUGCAAAGAAACGUCAGGCUAGGAAGACGCGCAAGGGAUAA